UGACCAUCCCAAUUAGUAAUAAGGGAAGCAUCAUCACUCCAUCCCCUCUUUUUACAUCAUUUGGGCUACAAGGAAAAAAGGGUUUUGUUUGGUUUGAUGGCACAAAAGAACCUCCCUCUCAUCCAUGGCUUUCAAUUCGACAACUAGGUAAUAAAAACAUCAACUCUUCACCUUAGCAACCCUUGAUUGCGUAAAAGGCGUUGCGGAGGUAGGGAAAUGGCGAACCAUAUUUAUCAGCCUCAAGUACAAUCCAUUCAAACUGGAAUGUAUUCUGGCGGCAGUAAAGAUCGAAACGGCUCAUCAUCUUCCCUUACUUUUAAACCUGGCUGGGAUACCAUUAAUUCAUCCGGCGUCGGAAAUAAUCCUUCCGGCCAACACGACGAACAACCAUCAUUUUCAGCAUCAAACGCUUCACUUCCAGGUGCCUUAGGCAUUCAGCCGCCUUUUGCCCAAACAGAUUCAGCCGGUAGAUUCUCAAACGCUUCCAUUAAUUCAGACAUGGACACUUCCGCCAGUCCCAUUUCCAGCACUUAUUCACGCAGGAUCAUAUCCAACGGAAAUUCAUCAUAUGAAACAACGCAUUCCGCAAUGCAUUCAAAUCAAAAUGAUCAACAAAUUCGACGUCAUUAUAGCUCAGGCUUUAAUGGAAUGGACAAAAAUCAUGUUGCAUCCAAUAAUGCAAUGAAUGCUGGUCAAACGAAUGGGUCCUCUUUAAAUGACAGUCAUGAGAGCGCUAAUCUCAACCGGACAAGAACUGAUAGCAUCUCAUCCAACGGAAGUGCAGCAACUGCAGCAUCUACAUCCAAUGCAAGCAAUAAUAUGCGCAACUUUCUCGUUCCAAUCGGUGCAACUGGUGCUCGUCAAAAGUUGUCAAUCUUGAGCGCAUCCCAACGCCCUCGUACUGCUCAAUCAGCCAUCACACCUUCAUUCGGAUCCACAUCAGGAACGGCAUCAGGUUCGUUUGUCAAAACAUCUUCUCCUUCAAUGGCUACAUCUACAGCGCCGCCAGCCAGACGAGCAAGGCCCACUACCUCCGAAGGCCAUGCCGAUCCGAGAACGACAUUUCAACGUUCCGAAUCUGAUUUACAAGCAACACGAAGGUUGAGCGGCGGGCAAAGAUCUGUGGAUGAAUCGCAUACUUCAAUUCAUUCCAUACGAGAUGAUGAAGAUGACGAUGUACCUUCGAUCCGAAGUCAAAGUGCACGUAAGAAAGCAUCUUUUGAGAAAGCCAGUCGAGUGAUGGGUACGAGUGGAUUUGCAUCCAUGUCAAAUCCUCCUUCGACAACGCGCACGAGACGCAAGACAAGCGCCCAGGGUGCCCACGAUUCCAAUUCAUCAAAAGGUUCAGGAGUCUAUGCAAAUUCAGGAGCUCAUAGUUCAAGCGGUAGUAUUUCGAGCAUAGGAGGCGGUAGCAAUCAUAGCCGUAAGGGUAGUCUUUAUAAGCAUAGAUCUGGCUCGCAAUCAAGUUUGCAUUCACUCUCUAGCCUUCGUGACGCAGCUCAGUCGAUCUUUGGUGGAAACAAAAACGUUGAAAAGGAAGAGAAACACGAUUCAGGCGUCGCUCCGCAACGUUCGGCUUCUCAAUCAUCGGCGACAAAAAGUAAUAAUCCUGAUCCUAACGCAAACAACGAAAAGCGAUCCGUGUCCACCAACAAACCUGACGGCCUUUUUGGCGGACUAGGUAGAUCGAUCAGCAGUGGAGCAGUAGGCGAAUCCGAAUCAGGUCGUCGUCCACGUUCAUCUUCAGGCACAAAGGAUCUCGCAGGACAGGUAAAGACGGGAUUCAAAAAUAUGUUUAGCAGAAGCGGAAAGAAUUCUAGGCCUUCUACGGCUAUUUCGAGCAUUAGCAGUCCACAACCUGUUGCAGGAGAUCCAUUGGCAUCUGGUGCCUCUUACUCACACUACCACCAGAAUGCAUCACAAAAUUCACAGGAAAUGUUUGACCCCAGGCGUCCACCGCAGAAGCAACACAGCCUUGAUCGUAAUGUGGGAUGGCAACAUACGCGGACAUCUUCAAAUACCUCUGGUCGUAUGAUGGGUGCGAAUUAUGCACCUGAAGAGCAGGAUCAUUCACGUGGACCACCAAACGGAUCAUGGACAUCGCCUUUACUUCAGCACAGGGUCAGUGAAGAAUCAGACGGAGGUGCAAGUGGACCUAUGAGACCUCGUAUCGUUGGGCGAUUGCCGUCGAAAGAGUACGCUUCCGCCUAUCCUCCAAGCACAUCUCGCCCACGUACUGCACCUUCGGUCAAAAGCUUCGAUAGCGUUCGAACUGGCGAUAGUGCAACCAAUUACGAUGAUAGAGGCGAACAAGAUAGAGGCAAAACGCCAAUUCCAUCAGCAAAUGGUUCUGGUCAUAGAACGCCAACUCCUCGUCGUCCGUCAAAUUCUUCAACUCAGACCGCAUCUACAGCACGCGAGUAUGAGAACAAUGCUGGCAUGCCACCUUCACACCCGUACGACCAACAGGAAGGCGAAACUCGAACAUCUCGCGAUUUUCCGACAAAUCCCGCAAGUGCAAGAAGAAUGGAAUCGGUUUAUGCGGGAGUACUUACAAGUGCCGGUGUCCCUAUACAGGAAAGAUCGCCAGAAAGCAUGUAUUCUGCUCCGAAUUCCUCUCGUAACCUCAGCCCUGCUCUUUCAGAUAGACCCAGCGUUCCUCUUACUUCGCCUCUUUUGGCAUCUGUUCUGGGCCAACAAGGUCUACCGCCUAUCGCUAUCCCUCAAAUGCCCGUUCAAUCUCCACCAAGGCAAAGGAAAGCAGCUGAUCGGUCCAAUAGUACUUCUACAAUCUCACGUUCUCCUUCGACAGAGGAUAGUGCUCAAGUCAUUACGCCUAGUACCAGCUCUAUGACUGCUAUCAGCACACCCUCACCUAAACCUGCUAUACCCGUCAAGUCUCGAAAUCGGAUUGCGUCUAUGCAAACUUUGGAUGAUGCGUUUUCUCCGGCGUCCGAUCAUCCAUCCUCUACGACUUCAUCGAGCUAUGCUCAUUCAUCUCCUCGAACGCCUACUCAAGAUACCCCUACUAAAACAAAUGAAGAUGGAGAUUCUAUUGUGACAAAGACACCUACAAAGGGCGGAAAUGUUGAAGACGCUUCAAAGGUACUCAAGGCCAAAGAUGGCACUCCACUAAUCGAUCCAAGCACAUUUGUGCCUCCAGAUGCCCUUUUACGAACCCGCAGAGGUCUUCCUGUGAGAAAGACGACAAUGGAUGAAAAAGCUUCUGCUGAAAAUGGCGAGGCGCUGAAUGGUAAAGGUACAAGCGAGGGUGCCGUGCAGAAACCUUUCAAAUCUCCACUCGCUGCGUUGGAAUUGUCUAAUUCACCAUUGAUACAAGAUGGCUAUUCAUGGACGCCUUCAAAAUCAGACAAAGCCACACCGUCUACGGGAAAAGGACCGGAUGGUCAGAUCAUUUCGUUCAACAGUUCAGAUUAUGAUCCUUUCGAUGGCGAUGAGAGCGCAGAUGCGAUCAGUCUACUACCGACAAGUGCUUGGGCUGAAGUUGAAGCGUCUUUGCUGCGAUUUAAAGCUAUUCCUGCACAAAGUACGAAUGAUAAAGGACAAUUGUUACGAACUGUUCUAUUACCGUUCUUGGCAUUAGAAGCAGAAACACCGGAUACACGUGUUACUGGUUCUGGACCGUAUCAAGCGGCAAAAGCAAGGAGGAAAUUAUUCUUUGAUUGGAUUCGUCAAUUGUUGGUCGAGCUACAAUCCAUUCAAACUUCGGCUGAUCGUGGUGCCAUUCUAGAGAGUAUUGCAUGUAUCAUCGAAUCGCGCAAUUUCAACUCGAAUAUUCUGGAGAACGAUGCUGAAGAUCAACAGACAUUCUUUGGCGUUUUGGGUCACAUCUUGAAUUAUGCAAUUGGCGAGUUGAACAAGAAGGGUGUUUAUCAAAAUACUCUGAUCUUUUCAGGUCGUCUAUUAGCUGUAGCGUUCUUCCGAAUUGAAGGCGUUGCCAGCAAGCUUCUACGCGCACUUCCAGUUAACCGCUUUGCUCUUGAAAGAGUGGCAAACGAAGCCCAAUGGAAUGAUCGACAGCCAGUGGAAUGGGAGAAGUUCAAAGGGCAAUUCUCGACUUGGUUGCACGACUUUUGUUUUGAAGAUGCACGUUCGUAUCUAAAAAUGCUCGAUUCUCAAUCCGGUCAAACGGAAGAAGAUGAUCGAUUCCUUGUACGUCAAGAGCACGUUGAGGUAGAAAUGUCUGGUAAUUGGUUGAGGAGAUGGCAAUCAGAUGAUUCGGAAUUGUUCUUUAGCUUUUGCCGUAGCUAUCAUCGUCAAUUAGCCGGUGCCUUUGCCAGCCAACAACAAAAGAAUGCAGGAGUCAACUUGGAAUUGGAUCGACAACUGUUCUUCGGAGGUCCUGGAUUCGCUCAUUUGGCAACAUGCAUUCAUCAGAAAUGCCUCAGUUUGGUACACAGAGAUAUCCUUUCCGUCACUACGCUAUCUUCACAAAAGAACUUCAAUCCAGGUGAAACAGCCAACGUUUUAUCCGGAAGUACGGCAGGCAAACCGAGACACUUGGAAGCAGCAAACCGUCGCUGUACUGCGAUCGUGGUUGACAUUGUUCGAACAUCAUCUGCAACGACUCGAACAAGCAUGUUUGCCGCAAUGCUUGGCAUUCACGUCAAAUGCUUGGUCAAAAGGACAUCUUUGUAUGACGUUCAAGGCGUCUUUUGUCUCUUGGAUUGGCUUGAUGGAGUUCUUAGCCAUAUGGAAAAUGCAGAGAUGGUCGUUGCAGAAUUUGUUGAUAUCGACUUCCUCCUGCAAACGGUUUGGCUGUUAUUGAAAGAUGCCGAUCAUGCUCUUGCCCUUAUGAGAACGAUUGCGUUCUGCUAUUCAAAUUUUGCCGUCUUGACCGAUACUCAAAAACAUCGUGAACGAUUCUUCGAAGACAUUUUGUUGCACCCUGCAAUUUUCCAGAAAUUGUUCUUGUCUUGGUCGUUCACCAUUCGUGCUUACUUUUUGCACUUGCUCGUUUUCCGCUUGGCGCGCAUUAAUGACUUCUCCAAUCCAGACGAUGAUCCCAAGGGAAAGACAUCCGUCCGUGUCAUCAAAUUGUUCAACAGACGAUUGGAUGAAAUACGUAAGAGGCAUGAUGAGCUUUCUCCUCCGAUCUCUUCAAGUGACUCACAAUCAGAAGGUGAUGAAGAGGAUGAUUUUGCACGCUUCAAACGCAGACCCCAAUCUUUCGUCAGUACGAUUCGUCAUACGCCUUCCGUUCACAAGAUGGAAACAUCAUCUUCUGCAGUCACUAAAGCAGAGCGUGUUCUAGGUAUUGGUAUGCCUGAUCCUGUCUUAUCUAGCAAAGCCGAGAAUAAAGCACAAUCCAGAGCAGCAAAAUGGCUCAGAGCUUUGGGAGGAAAAGGAUCAGCAAAAGGCGGCAAAGGUGCAGCAGGUAUGGGAGGAUCUGGACACCAGAAGAUGAGCAGUGAAAUGCCAAAGAUUUUGAAUCAGCCAAGAAAUACUUUGCCAAGAUUGGAUGAGAUUGAUAUUUUCUCAGACGAUGACGAAGCAGACGGGGAGAACGAUAUGAAUCGAUCAGGAUUCACUGCUAGAAGCGAUGAUGGUGAUGUUACGCCAAGAGCUGAAGAUGGUUUAGAAUUUCACUUUGAGCCGAAAGCAGGUCACAAGGAUGUAUCCACUGCACACUCGAAUGGCGUUCCAAGUGCGCCAAUUGAUAGCGAUACCUCUGCUCUACCUGCAGCUAAUGAACACAUCAAUUCGGAAAUGAGCUUCGAUUUGCAAAAUCCUAUGCCAGGUGUUGGAGGUUUACCAGAUGGAACGACUGGCAAUGACCCUUCUCAACAACGUAUUUCACGCGCAUUCUCUCGCAGAAGGUCUUUGUUGCCCGGACCAGCUUAUAGCCUCGUACACGGAGGAGAAUCAGAAUCUGAAGCUGAUAAUAUGACUGAAAGAGGAGAGGAUGAUCAAUUUUCUAUGAGCGGUAAAAGUUCACUUGAUGAAGGUACAGUACGAUCUCGUGAAACGCCAACUUCUGGCUUCACAGCCGAAAAGAAUCGUACUUCUGUCUUUGUGAUUGGACAACCGUACGAUCGUACAUUACACAUUUAUGCCGUUCAAAGUUUACGUGAAUACGAACAAACUGUUCAAGAACAUGAUGACUUUUUCAGUUCACAAGAAGAUACCGAAUCACCUCAAGUGCCCAGAUUGCCGAUUCAAUGGCCAGCAAUGUGGAGUGAAUAAAGAAGGCAUCUUGCUCUUAUUUUUUUAUUAGAUGCUACUUCUAGAAAUGGGUUUUAAUCUGUGCUAAUGUAUUUACCUAAUAUACAC